CUUCUCAAACAAUGGCGCGCGAUGGGAACAUUAACCUAUAUGCAUAGUUGACUCGAUCCAAUAAUCAUUCUUCAUAUAUAAUUUAUAAUACAUAACCCAUUGAUAUUUCUUGGCAAUGUUCUUACAGCCAGCAAGGAAUUGUAUUGAACCUCCUAAGUUCAUGGCGGAUGUCGGCACCAAGUUCUUCUAUAUAAGUGUACUUAAUCUCUUGUGCAUUUUGCAUCAAUACAUCUCCAAUAUAACAUCAACUAACUUCUUUCUUGGUAUAUACCAUUCUGCGUGAUCAUGAUGAUGAGUUCCAACAAGUUCUUCACCACAUUCUUGCUUCUUUCUCUUUCGAUGUUCGUCCUCUCUCACAUUUCCAACGGACAAGGUCCUCAUCAUCAUGACCAGCAACAGAAGAAUCCUGUUGCUGGUCAUGGUCGCGAUCAUCAUCAGGAUGAUGAGGGUAAAGGACGUGGACACGAUGAUCAUGAUGACCAUAAAGGAAAUGGAAAGCCGAAGGAUGACGAUCACCCGCCUCCACACGUCAAGGGAUGUCCCCAGCUCGAAACAAUUGCUAGGAACAUCACUUGGACUAGGGUUGCGGCUGACCCUACCUUGGCACCCAAGUUACUCAGGCUCCACUUUCACGACUGCUUUGUUAGGGGUUGCGAUGCAUCGAUACUAUUGGAUUCGACCGCGAGCAAUUCAGCCGAGAAGGAUGCCAUUCCGAACCAAACGGUGGCUGGUUAUGAGGUUGUCGACGAGAUCAAGGCAAGACUAGAAGUGGUUUGCCCAUCAAGUGUUUCUUGUGCUGACAUUGUUGCCCUGGCUGCAAGAGAUGCUGUUUCCUUCCAGUUCAAAAGGCCAAUGUGGCCUGUUUCCAUUGGAAGGAAAGAUGGCAGAGUGUCUUCAUCCUCUGAAGCUUCAUCAAAUUUGCCAUCUCCUUUUUCCAACUUCACCACCUUGCUCCAAGAAUUCAAGAACAAAGGGCUGGAUCUUCAGGAUCUCGUCGCCUUAUCAGGGGCGCACACGAUCGGGGUGGGUCAUUGUGGCUUGAUAUCCGACAGGUUGUUCAACUUCACGGGCGUGGGUGACACCGACCCAUCGAUCGCGAGGGCCUACGCGAGCCUGCUCAGGGCGAAAUGUUCGAACCUUGGAGCCAACAACGUCGACCCUGCCAUCGAGAUGGACCCGGGUAGUGGCAGCUCGUUUGACACGCAUUACUACACGGCUCUAAGACAGAACCAGGGGCUGUUCGAGUCCGACGCGGCUCUGCUGACCGACCAGCGAUCGGCUCGAAUGAGUCGGGCGUUCGAGACCAACAGGGAGCUUUUCUUUGUGGCCUUUGGUCAGUCGAUGGUGAAGAUGGGCGCCAUUGGUGGAGUUGGUGCGGGAGAGAUUAGGAGGAACUGUCACGUUAUCAAUUAAAUGGGAUGAUGAUGAUGAUGUUUGGAGAUGUUACAUUGCCCAUUAGGCAUGGUAUAUUGACAAAUUAAUAUUGGGGGGUGAUUUUGCGCUCAAAGAUGGCGCCUUUUUUCUCUUAAUUCCUUGCAUUUAAUCACUUAAAUUACUAUCUUUUUAAGUGAUAGUCUUAUUUUGAACUGAAAAGUUUAUGCUUGAAUGUGGAGAGCAAUAUAAAAAUUAUAAGUUAUACAAUUGGUUACUCGGUUUUAUCAUACUAUUUCAUUAUUGUCACAUAUAAAUUUUUCUUUUUUUUAUUAGUCACUCAUUUUAAAAAUCUUUUUCAUCGUUAGUCAUUUUUAUUGUCAAAUUCCAUUAUUAACACCAUUAGUUCUUCGAUGAUGUGGCUGGUAGAGAGCCGAGUUGGCUGACAGAUUGUUGAGUCACUCACACUUUAGACCAUCUCCAUCCCUGUAAUCAAUAAGCAAUUUUUAA